GAAAAGCUGUCAACACGAUAUUACACGAUAUUUUACAAUAUUCUUGAACGUUCUGUUUGAAGGAAAUAAAUCAAACGCAAAUGGAUGGUGAAAAUAAUAAUCGACGGCCCAGAAACUUGCAGGGUCUUCUUCGGUUUGCAAUGGAAGCAACGAAAUCUGAAGAUGCUCCAAGUGGUGGCCAACAAAUUGAAAUAAUGGAUCCCGAACGACGUCAAUUUUUGGAAAAUGCUUUGAAAGCACUGACUAUUGAUGUUAUUGAACAACUUCAAAAAGCUGCAGAGGUUAUUGGAUCAGAAACUACGACUGAAGAAAUGAAAAUAAGUGCAAUGGACACCAUUUUGAAUAACGUUGAUGAUAUUGAUACAGCGAUUGAUUAUUGUAAAAUCGGUGGCUUAUUCAUUCUACUGCCAUGCUUGAAUUCACCAUAUUCUACAAUUCGUGAAAAAUCAUGCUUAUUGGUUGCCGAAUUGACACAAAACAAUCCAUAUUGUCAAAAGCAACUUCUGGAGGCAGAUGUCUUGCCAAAAUUAAUUGAACUUCUCGAUGAAAAUGAGACAGCGGUGGCAGUCGCAAGUAUCCGUGCCAUAAGCUGUUUAGUUCGAAGCUAUGAACCCUGUUUGAAAGCAUACACCGCAAUUGGUGGUCUUGAGUGUUUGCUUGGUUGCUUGCAACCGCAUCAGCCAGAAAAACUCAUUACUCGAGCCGCUUUUCUGCUUAAUUCAUUGUGUUCAGAUUUUCCAGCAAUUAAGGACGAUCUAAUUAAACUAAAAGCUAUUGAAACUAUUUUGCCAUUAAUUAAACCGUCAUCUGACUAUAAUAUUUGUGUGGAAACAUUAUUGUCAGCAUUAUGUUCGCUCAUAGAAUGCCGCGAAGCAAUUGAACGUUGUCGUACAGAAGGAAACAAUUUUGCAAAUACUCUUGAAGAAGUUAUAAAACUUGGAAUCGAUAAACCUGAAUGUAAAGAAAUAGUUGAUUACAGUCAUGUACUUUUAAAAAACAUAUUCGAUUCCGGUCAAGAAGGUGAAGUCACAGAUCGAUAGAUGCAACUAGUUUACAUCGUAUUUUUCAAAUAAAUGAAACUCAAUUAACCAAAAACUUA